GGAAAAUAUUGGCAGAAACUCUUUCUUACACCAACAAUGUCAAGUGUAUCUGCAUUAUCUUAUGAUAAAACGCAAGAACCAAUAGAUGCAUUAUCUGGUGAUGAAGCUCAAGAAUCAAUAUACGAGUUGUAUU